CCGAUUGUAUGACUAUAGAAUUUGUUAGCAGAUCAUUGUAGGGACAGCCUAUUGUGCAUAGUGAAGACGUUAUCUCUGUGUUCGGCUACAGGGAUGUUCCUACCUUUACUGACAACGGGUGACAUAACCUAACCUAUGCACCUGCGUACAGUCAUGUAUUAAUAUCUCUACUGCUUUGUAAAUAAAUGAAUACAGCAAGCAGGUUGUUACGGAAAAUUCACACCACGAGUCUUGACAUCUCUUUUAAAACCUGCAGUCGUGAAGCUAAGAUUUACUAUGACAUCGUUCCGUGUGCAACCGUCACCGAAGUAGCCAGCAGACAACAAGUGCAUUUGCGAGAUGAGCACAACUUCCGGUUGCCAAGGGAAAGAUCCGGCCGCAAUUUGAUGGGAACCGUGACAAAUUGUCAAUUUAAUCAUCACACGUCGAUGGAUUCGUUCCUCGGGGCCUACUACAGUGCCAACACCAGCUGCGAAUCGACAUUGAACUUCAACGUGGAUACCUUCGACGAACCGCAGAAUUUCGGAGCCGAGGAGGCUUGCUUCGACUCGCAAAUGUCGCUAAAAGAUAAGUAUCUGCUGGACAGACAAAAGUACAAAACGAUGAGACAGUGGACGCGAUUCAAGAAAGAGAAGCUGGCCUCUAAUUCCGAGGAGUUUUUUAUUCUGAGACUACUAUCUUUCAACAUUUUGGCACAAUGUCUGCUGGAAACUUAUCCAUUUCUGUACAAGGGUCACGACAAACGGGCACUAUCUUGGAAGAUUAGGAGGCAGCUUCUCUUGCAAGAGAUUUUAGGAGCGCAGGCUAAUGUAAUAUGCCUCCAAGAGGUGCAAGAGGAUCACCUGGAAGAGUUCCUGGUUCCGUUCAGAGAGCUCGGUUACAAUUACGUUUAUAAGAGGAGAACGAACGACAAGAGAGACGGUCUACUAUUUUUGUACCGAGCAGAUCAGUUUGUGCUUCUAGAUUAUGCGAAAGUCGAGCUCUAUCAGUCGGGUAUAGAGCUCUUGAGCAGAGACAAUGUCGGGAUCAUUGCAAAGCUAGCCGUUAAGGACUGUCCUGAUACACAGUUUGUAAUCGCCACCACUCAUUUACUUUACAAUCCCAAGAGAAACGACGUGAGAUUGGGGCAAACGCAACUUUUGCUCGCCGAAAUUGAGAGGAUAGCUUUCCUAGAGAAUACAUUGACUGGUGCCAAAUACUUGCCAAUCAUAUUGGCAGGAGAUUUUAACUUAGUACCAUACUCUGGAGUUUACGAGUUUCUUACAGAAGGGGUCUUCGAGUACGAAGGAAAAGGAAAGAAUCUGAAGCACACAAUGUUCCGAUCCCUGUCCAAUUCCUUGAUACCACCUCGACUAUGUAUCACCGAUAACUGUCAACAUUUUAAUAUAUUGAAGAAACGGCUGCGCGGUGAAGGCUCUGCUAAAAUUAUGUUGGAGAACAGCGAGGAGAUGAACUUGGAAGAGAAUUUAAUGGGCAACAGUUCCAGUGUGUGCAGUGAUGUGAACGCUGACACGUCAGAUCAUCAAGUCAUCGAGGUUGUACGAGGCUGUCAGGCAAAAUUCUCUUCCGGUACUUUGACGCAUCCGUUUCAUUUCUCCAGUGUAUAUAAACACCAAAAUCAUCAAGGGCAGCAGGAAGCAACGACCAAUCAAGGGUCAUGGAUCACGGUUGACUACAUUUUCUAUAGCAAUGUAGAGCCGUUAGAGAAAUACCGAUUACCCACAGUGGAGGAAUGCAACAUGUUGCCGACCAUACCGAAUUUCGCAGUUGGCAGUGACCAUCUUUGUUUAGGGGCGACCUUCAAGGUGCGCAAGUUGAAACUCUAGAGAAACGAUUUUCGCGGUCAAUUGAAUAUAAGUGUAAAAAUCAGGAACGUCUCUUAUAAGUCGCAGAUAACAAUAAAUUCUUGUAUCAAAUCGUAACCAAGUAGGACGCAAUAUACACAGAGUGAUUAUGUUGCGAUGAGAAAUUAUGGUUCAUUUAUUUCGUUUUCUAAGAAAAAACAUUGUUAUCUGAUGUUAAUUACUAUUUCCAACCUCUUACGACCGUAGGCUACAUAAUAUAUAAUUUACAAAUAGAACUGUUGUGUGACUUAAAAUUUAGAAGAUAAUUAUUUAAAUCAAAGUGUCGUUAUGUUAUAAGUAUGAUAAUUACUAUUAUCUCUUCACGAAUCAUAGGUUGUUAAUACCUGAUUUAGAUUUCCGUUCUUGUAAUAUACAUAUAUUGUAUAUAUAUAGAAGACAUUUUUAAAAAAUAGAUUUGUGAUACAACACUUUGAAAUUGACAUACAUCAAAUAUUAUCAGAUUGCAUUCUUUCCUUUCCCGAAACAAGAUUACACUUCAACAGCCCAAAACAAAUUUUCAUUACAUGUAAUUAGAUAGAGACGAAGAUUAAUUGUAAUCAAUCUUUUUUGUAUUAUCUGUGAUGUGAAAGUUAAUAAAGGUAGAAGGGUUAGGACUGAG